AUUUCUUUUACGAGAGAGACUAGGCACGAGAUGACUUGCACUUUUACCACAGAAGGCUCAUGGGAACUUUAGCAGAUUCAAGAUGGCGACCGAACUAGAGAGAGCGCUAGAAAUACAAUCAUCCUCCCCAGACGAGGCGAUAGGACUUUUACACGCUAUUGUAAAGCGAGAUGUAGGUCCCGAAGACGAAGAGGGAAUUAAGUCAAAAGAACAGUCCAUACUUGCGCUUGCCUCUCUCUUGUCGAGGAAAGGAGAAGCGGAAGAGCUUGGGGGACUUAUCAAAUUCAUCAGGCCAUUUCUCCAGAUGGUGUCAAAGGCAAAAGCUGCCAAACUUGUCCGUACCCUGGUAGAUCUCUUUCUGGAUAUGGAGUCAACAACUGGCAUGGAGGUCGAUCUAUGCAAAGAGUGUAUUAAUUGGUCAAAACAAGAAAAAAGGACAUUCCUUAGACAAGCUCUUGAGGCUAGGCUAGUAGGGCUGUAUUUGGAUACCAAGCAAUACACAGAAGCCCUCCAUACAGGAUCUAAACUUUUGAAGGAGUUAAAAAAGCUUGAUGACAAAGUGCUACUCGUUGAAGUUCAGUUGUUGGAGAGUAAAGUGUACCAUGAGCUCUCUAACAUUCCCAAGUCAAGGGCAGCGCUGACAUCAGCAAGAACCACCGCUAAUGGCAUUUAUUGUCCACCUAAACUCCAAGCAGCAUUAGACUUGCAAUCUGGCAUACUACAUGCUGAGGAGAAGGACUUCAAGACUGCUUACUCUUACUUUUAUGAAGCUUUUGAGGGAAUGGAUUCCAUCGACAGCCCCAAGGCAAUGGCCGCCCUCAAGUAUAUGCUGCUGUGUAAAAUUAUGCUAAACAGUCCUGAUGAUGUUCAGUCCAUCAUAAGUCGCAAGCUUGCCCUACGAUACUCAGGACCACAGUUGGUUGCCAUGCGUACCAUAGCUAAUGCAAGCCACAACCGAUCCUUGUCUGAAUUCCAGCAGGCACUGGCAACAUACAAAAAGGAGCUGACAGAAGACCCCAUCAUAAGGACUCAUCUAGAUGCACUUUAUGACAACUUGUUGUCCCAGAAUCUACUCAGGAUCAUUGAGCCAUACUCUAGGGUGGAGAUUGAGCGGGUGGCAGGACUAAUCCACCUUCCCCUGGAUCUUGUCGAGAAGAAACUAUCUCAGAUGAUUUUGGACAAAAAACUGCAUGGUAUCUUGGACCAAGGUUCGGGUGUUUUAAUCGUAUUUGAUGACGCUUUCCCCGACAAGACGUACGAGAACACGUUGGAGCUCGUGCAGGAGAUGGGCAUGGCGGUGGAUGCCCUUUACACCAAAGCUCAGAAGCUUUCCUAAGACAACUCAGAACUCGAUCCCUGUCGUCCAUCCUUGAAGGUCCAUCGAUUAUAUCGACCUUCCGCGAUAACUUCCUUCAAACUUGUCACACUUUAAUAUGCCUCAUACAUCCGCAUUAUCUGGAUAAAGAGCUGGAUUUUUACCACUGUGUAGGAAAAUAUAGAGCUAGGCAAGGCUUUGUAUGGUAUUGUAUGUACGCGGGAUUAUCUAAUAGAUAUGAAUUUCACAACGAG